CAAAAUCUAGCCGUCACAUUUUGUCUUUUUUUCCCCGUUGAAUUAUUCGUCCAUUAUAUACGGUCGACGAGGAAAUUGCACUUCACAUUCUGUUGAUCUGUUAUGUUUGUAAUCUAAUUUGUAAUUAGUAUUCAAUAUUCAUGUCCGUAGGAUUUAUUUACUCACGUAAGUCACAUAGUGAUGUUGUAUUUAAAGUAGGUAAUGCAAAUUUCAAAGUUCGCAAUGCCAACCAAAGUUCUAGUCCGUAAUAAAUUCGGUGCCCAAACGGUGUUUGCUCUUCGGCAUACCGGAGAAAUCUGCGGUAGUAAUGGAUUACCGCUGACUCCAAAAUCAAUCGGUAUCCUUGGAAGAUCUCAAAUUCUGAAGGUUUUGAAACAUAACAAUCUCUCAUCUUAUUUGGAUUUUAUUCGUGGGAAACACGAACGCCUGUUGAUUGUUGUACAAUGGUACGACAAGAAUAUUUCCAUGGCAGAGGAUAAUGAUCAUGUUAAAAUAGCUUAUGAAACUCUGAGCGGAUUAGCUUAUCUUAACCGUUAUGGUUUGGUUCACCGUAUGUUAACGCCGGAAAACAUUUUGCUGGACGAAAAUGGGAAUGUGAAAUUGUUCAAUUAUGGAUUGUAUCAUGUAACUGAUGGUGGUAAAGAUGUAGAAUUUCCUAUUGGUUCGGUGAAAUAUACCGCCCCCGAGGUUUUAUUGUCGUCAUCGAAUCCAGAUUACGUUUCCGGUCCUAAAGUAGAUGUAUGGUCAUUGGGGAUUAUUAUGGCCGAGUUAGUUUUCAAAAAAUCUCUAUGGCCGAAUUUCAAACUAAGUCAGUGUUUAAGGAAAGUUUUAUCUUUAAUUUAUUGCGACAAUGUGUUCGAACGCUUGGCUCGUGAAUCAGAUUGUUUGGAUAUUUAUCAGGAAAUGGAUCCUUGCUUGCAGAAUUUCAUUCAAUCGUGUUUGCAAAUCGACUGUCGAAAACGACCAACUCCGGAAGUCUUGCUAAAACACGAAUUAUUCAAAGAUACAGAAAAUCAUUCGGUUGACGAAUUUUACAAUUUAGAAACAUCGAAACAUUACGAUCAUCCUUUGGAUGGAUGGGAUCUUCAAGAAUUGUACCAUUUGUGGAGGUUGGCUGGUGGAGAUGCGCAUUCAGAAUUGAAACGAAAUGGAUUUAUUAAAAGCAAACCUCCUAUACUUUCAAUGCCAAAUUUGAUUUUGUUGGAAGGAAUGACUUUCGGCCAUGUUAAGGAUUCAGCGUCCAUGUUGGAUUUGAAAGUGAUUCCGUUACCUUUAGAUGCAUUGCUGACCAGACUACAGCAUAUCUCAGUGGAUGCGUACUAUCCUCUGAUUGAAACACGAUCUCAUCUUAUUGAUAACUUUCUGAAUGUGGAGAAAAGUUCAGAAAAUUUUCCUUUGGUGAUUAGAGAACGAGAUACUGAGCAUCAAUUUCAUCGAAUUGUUCUGUAUAAACGUUUACUGCAGGGUUAUCCAUACGCAGCUGCUCAGUUAUGCUUAGAAGCGAGCAAAGAUAUACCUCCUUUUGUUAGAGGCGAAAUAUGGGCAGCACUACUCGAUGUGAAAGGUGAUUUGGAGAGUCAAUAUAUUGCUGUAGAUAAAGAAACUUCCAUACCUACCGAUAGACAAAUUGAAGUCGAUAUACCGCGUUGCCAUCAGUACAACGAACUCCUAUCAUCGAAAACCGGACAUUUGAAACUAAAACGAAUUCUAAAAGCUUGGGUAGUCAGUAAUCAUCAAUAUGUGUAUUGGCAAGGAUUAGAUUCUUUAUGUGCGCCCUUCCUGUACUUGAAUUUUAAUAACGAAGCUCGAGCGUACGCUUGUUUUUCAGCUUUUAUUCCAAAAUACCUCAACAAUUUUUUCCUCAAAGAUAACUCGGCUGUGAUUAAAGAAUAUUUAACGAAAUUUUCCCACUUGAUUGCGUUUCACGAUCCAGUAUUAGCAAAUCAUUUACACGAUAUCGCUUUUGUUCCGGAAUUAUUUGCAAUACCGUGGUUUUUGACCAUGUUUUCGCAUGUUUUUCCGUUGCAUAAAAUCUUUCAUUUAUGGGAUAGACUUCUACUCGGUGACGCGUCGUACCCGUUAUUUGUUGGUUUGGCUAUUUUGCAACAACAUAGAGAUACUCUAUUAUCCUCUGGAUUCAACGAAUGUAUCUUAUUGUUCUCCGAUUUACCAGAUGUCGAUAUUCAAAAAUGUGUUCAGGAUUCAUCGAAAUUAUUCGAAGAGUCUCCUAAAAGUAUAAGUCAUCGCAAAUAUCAACGGAAUUCGAAUUACGAUCCAAGUUUUAUCAUAACGGACGAAGUACUCAAAGAAAUCCAAACCGAGUUUAAUCCACGGAUAAGCGCUACUGAUCUGUUAAUGGUGCUCAACUCGAACAGAUCUUCUUUGAUUAUUAUCGAUGCUCGAACCAAUUCAGAGUUUAGUGAUAAAGCAAUUCGAGGAAGCAUCAAUAUACCGUACGAAUCGAUUGAUUUUAGCAGAAAUAAUAUUUGCGACGGAAUAUCCCCUGGUCCAGAAUUGAGUAUUUUGAUGGAGAAUAGAAAUAAGAUGAUCGUUGUUGUCGGUAAUAAACCUGCUGAAACUGCAAAGAUUUGUCGUUACUUGACUGCUGCCGAAUUUUCAAAAGUAUGCUCCUUGCACGGAAGCAUUGAAAGUCUUCGCCGAAGCGGUGUUUUAGCGCCAUCGAUGACUUGAGAAAAAUAAAAAGGUGUUUCUGUUCGUUACGUUCGUUGUCUUGGCCGAAGUGUUGAUUUCGACUGCAUCGAUGAUAUGAUUGAUUGAAUCAAACCUAUGUUUGGUUCGUUGCAUUUACUUCAUCAUUUGGGAAUCGGUCCCUCGACUGCGGUAUUUCGAGAGUGCCAAUUGCGCCAACUCACUUCUUGAUAUCAAUAUCAUUUACUUUUUUUAAAUUUUCCUUUAUACCUACCUACCUACCUACCUACCUACUUACCCACCUACCUACCUUACAUGUGAAUUACAUAACUUUUCCCUGCAAUUAUUUUUUUAAUAGGUGUCCACUUUUUUUUACCCUUAUCUAUCAAGGUUCUAGAUAUUGAAAUAAUGUUUACCAUACGAGUGGAUGUAUAAAUAUAAAAUGUCCUUAAAGUUUUCCAACUUUUUAUUUUUUAUGUUGUUUUGCAUUUUUAUUCAUUGAAAAAUAUUCAUGUGUUAUUUUUUCUUGUUUUUAUAAAUUAAAUGUUUUUUUUGUCA